AUGAAGCAUCUCAAUUACCUCCUCUCCCUCCCAGCCCUCGUCCACUGCGGCGACGUCGUCUGGAAUGGUUUUUUCAACUCUUCCAUAACCGUUGACCAUUUUGACCAGUGGUCAUGGUCCAACCAACUCGAACCCUUCCAGUGGUACAUUCACGGGUCCGGCGCAACAAGUCGCUAUCUCGGUCUGGCGCCAAUGAACAAGAAUCCCGCUGAUGAGAGCGAUGCGCAGGGGAUUCGCAUCACCAUCGACGACACCUCCUCAUGGAACGGCCAGCAAAUGAUGCGUUCCGAACUCAUUCCCCAGACGAGUGAGGAUCUCGGCAGCGGCCAUUUAUUCUAUCACUUUUCGCUCAAGACGAAUAAGAAGAAUGCCCCGAAUCCGAAGUUUGAGCAUCAAAUUGCCUUCUUUGAGAGCCACUUCACCGAACUCCAAUACGGCCAAUCCGGAGGCAGCGACAACACGCUGAAAUGGAACGCAGAUGGGCAAACGCACUGGUCGACAACGCUGCAGCCGCGACAGUGGUAUAACUUUGCGUAUGAGAUUGAUUUCGACGCAAAGACGGUUGGACUGUGGGCGUCGAAUGGGACGGAGGCAUUAACCCAGGUGGUCAAGGGGGUGAGUGCGUCGACCUCGACCAAUUCUGCCGAUUGGCAUGUUGGACAGUUGAGACUGGAUAACGGGGAUAAAGGAGGAAAGGAGGAUUGGUUCUGGUCGGGGGUUUAUGUGGAAAAGGGGCCGGUUACGACGAGUGUUAAAGGGCCUUCUUCUUAG